CUCAGUCUGAAUAGAAAGCUGUCUCAUUUUCGGGAGCCUGUAUACAGUUUGAAUCAACCAUUUCUGAAGUACAGCCUUCUCCUAUCAAUGGAUGCUAAUGUGAACGGCAGCAAGAUCAUGGCUGCGUCUGGAGUGACCUUGCCAGAGUCACAGCAAGUCCUGGUGAGAAAACGAAAAGUGGCCGAUGAGAAUACUGAGCGCUCUCCUUUAAAGGAUCGGAAGAUGAACAUCAACGAGACUGUGGUUAACGGUAAUAAGAACCUGUCUCAGCGCUCACGCCUUCCCCAGCCUUCACUGAAGAGAAUGAAGCUAAAUACAACAGUGGACAACACAGAUUUGGCUGUGAAGAAGUUUGGCAGCAGCAAUGUAACAUUCAGUGCUGCAUCCACCAUCAGCAAAAUAGCAUCAACCAGGCCCUCAAUUGGAGUGAGGAGCCAGUAUGGAGCUGGAUUGGCAAAGACUGUUCAAGGAGUGGGAACCAGAAGUCGACCUAUGAACUGUGCCGCCACUGUAACAGGAACUAUCGGGAAGAAGCCAAGAGUGGCAGUCACUGCACCCACCUCUGUCGAGACAGCAGGAGCCGGCUCCAAGAGGCGCCCAGCUUGGGAUUUGAAAGGACAGCUUAGUGAUAUGAAGGUGCAGCUGGGCAACAUGAGGACAAGGAUGUCUGAGUACACAAGCAAGCUAGAGGUCUCUGAAGUGCACAGCAAGCAGCUUCAGGACAGUGUGUAUCAGAGAGACAAACAGUUGGAAAUAGCCAGCUCGCAGAUUGAAGAACUGCAAAGCAACCUAAAGGCAAUGGAAUUACUGCUGAAGAACAGAGAAGUGGAGCUGGAGAAGUGCCGAGCUGAGAAUUCUGCCAUGCAAGGAGUGUUGGAGGUACGGGGAACUGAAUUAGAACACUUAACUGCUCAAGUUACAGAACUGAAGACCAGCAGGAGUGAGCUCCAGAGCAACUAUCUAACACUGUCUAUGCUGGCUGAGAAUACUGAGAACAAGCUGAAGCUGACAGAGACUGAGCUUGCCCUAAAGGUUGCCUGCAUAGAAGAGCAAAAGUCGACCAUUGCAUCUCUGCGUGAUGUGAUUGUGGAUCGUGAGGAAAGGCUGCACCUGACCGAACAGGAGAGGCGCAGACUGCACAACACUGUGCAGGAACUCAAGGGUAACAUUCGUGUCAUCUGCCGCGUACGGCCAGUUCUUGACUCAGAGAAGGAAGGUUGCGGUGAAAUUGAACACGUUCAGUUUUCUCAUGAUGAUGACAAGGUGAUCACUCUGACCAAAAAGGAAGAGUCUCACAUUGGUCGUGAUCGGAAAGGCGAGGUGAAAUAUGACUUUAGUUUUGACCAUGUAUUCCAGCCAAUGGCAAAGCAAAAAGAUGUAUUUGAGGAUAUCUCACAGCUGCUCCAGUCUGCCUUGGAUGGAUACAAUGUGUGCAUCUUUGCCUAUGGGCAGACAGGCAGUGGAAAGACAUUUACAAUGGAAGGGCCUGAUGACAUGACACCAGAGAACAUGGGGAUGAUUCCUCGAGCUGUUGAUCAAAUCUUUGCAACAGCAGAGAAACUGAAGACCAUGGGAUGGACAUAUAAAUUCACUGCCAGCUUUUUGGAGAUCUACAAUGAGACAUUACGGGACCUCCUUGUGACAAAACCAGAAAAAAAUGUUGAAUACGAGAUCAAACGCCUCAACAAUAAAAGUGAACAGCUUCAUGUCACAAACCUCAAAUAUGUUACUGUCACUGCAGAAGAUCAGGUUCACAAUUUAAUUGCUAUUGCAAAAGCCAAUCGCUCAGUCGCAAAAACGGCAGCAAAUGAUCGUUCCUCUCGGAGCCACAGUGUCUUCCAGCUGAUGAUUGAAGGGAACAACUCUAACCGUGAUCUCCAGUGCACAUCAACUUUGAGCCUGGUGGACCUGGCUGGCAGUGAGCGCUUGGAUAAAUCUCACUCAAAGGGUGAUCGUUUACGGGAGGCUCAGGCUAUCAACACCAGCCUUUCCUGCCUUGGGCAUGUCAUCAUGUCAUUGUCGAACAAGGAAUCGCACAUCCCUUAUCGGAACAGCAAGCUGACUUAUUUACUUCAGAACAGUCUCGGAGGCAAUUCAAAAACGCUCAUGUUCGUGAAUGUCUCUCCUUUGGAAGAGAAUUUCAGUGAGUCACUCAAUUCCUUGCGUUUUGCCAGUAAGGUCAAUGAGUGCGUGAUUGGGACAGCGCAGUUGAACCGGAAAUAGAAUUGAUAAUCACAGCCAAAACCUGUAAAUAAUGUUCAAAGUUUUUUUCCUCAAAAUCUGCUUUUUAAAAAAAUGGUCAACUCCAAAUGUUGUAAAACAGAAUCAAUCACCAAAUGAAAUGUUUCAAAUGUAGCUAAUUAAAAGUAACAGUGUAAUCAUUUUUCAGGUGGGUGAGGUGGGGUAUCAGGCUGUCUACAGUCUGAUUUGUGGUUAGUGCCUCCUGGAGGUCGUGAUGUUUGUUCAUUGUCCUUUAGCAGUAGCUACAACUGUUCGAAUGGAUUUGAGGCACCUUUAGACCAAUCCAGUACACUUAGGAAUUGGUGCUGCUUGUAUGAGGGUGAAUUUAUUUUACAAAACAAAUUACUGAUUUUAAUUGUGCAUUGGCUGUAGCCAUUGUUGGACGUGCAAGUGUAUUUGGACAUGUUCGGCUUUAGUCCAUCUUAAGAGGUCCUGUCAUGUACAUUUCAAUUAUUGUUGAUUUUUAACUCUUUAUAUGUCUAACUAGUAAAUGCUUUAUUUUUAAAGACUGAUUAUUAUUCAUGCUUAUGUUCUUCGGCUGUUGCAAAGUCCCUCCACAGUAUUCUGCAAUAUACAAUGCUUUGUACUUUGGAUGGCCUUCACUCAAUAUAUGCCAUGUCAUUGAAAAAAGAAACCCAGUGUUGCGAAUCUUUACAAUCGUGGUACAGAAGUAAACUGAUUAUUUUAAACCUUUUCAAGACUAUGUAAACUCUCACUGUAUUCAGUAGGUUUCAUUUUCAGAAUGUGCUAUUAAAGUUCUAAUGUCCCUUUGGCAUA